AUGUUGGGACACUUGCUCAGGAAAUCCAUCUUCGUGCUCCUCAACCUCCUCUGGGCCUGGCAACUCGUCUACCUCGCGCUCUUCCUGUGGCCGAUCUGCACCGAAAUCCACUCCAUCAUCCGCGACUGCAACGUCAGACACCACAACCCUUCGACGCACACCCCCGAGAAGACAUGCCAGCCCCUGCACGAGAUCGUGCAACGACACUUGCCCCUUGUCCUGACCAUGACGCUGGAGAGCAUGGAGUGGACUCUGGCUCUACAGCGCGAGCAACGGCGAAAGAGAAGGCUACAGGUUGACCUUGGGACUCUGAUUCUGCUGGAGAGUGGCAAGAUGAUGGUGUGGGUGACGUACUUGGAUCGGUAUAAUCUGAUGGUGGAAGAUGCCAGGAUGCACUGGAUCCGCACGACCACAGAGGUCAUGCAGGCAGAAGCAGACUUCCAGGUGAGAUUCCAGCUUCUCGAGCAAUUCUCGCCAGAGAUCAACUGUAGUGCUGUCGAGGCAUUGUGGCCGGACGUCGUCAGGCUUGCAGAGGACAGGAAUGUUUCGGCGCUGAUGGAUCUUAUCGUCGGUGGGCCUUUAAGGACGCAGCUCGCGGUCGAUGAAAAGAUGAACGUGACCGCGAAGGGCCUUCACUCGGCUUCGGUUCAGGCACCUCCAUUGGUAAAUAUGACCCUUCUCCACCACGAGAAGACAGACCGGACGUCAAACUUGACGAUGCACCGGUGGCCGGAUUUCGAGCCUGAGUACAGGAACGGCGACACCAUUGGAUAUGCCGAACGGCCCCUGAAUCCUCCACAUCCGAACGAAUUCGAUUAUUGGUCCACGUUCUUCUUUGUGUAA